AUGUCGGCACUUAACGUUGCCAUCAGAGAAAAGCGGUUUGCUCAAGUAAAACUGCUUUUAGACAUCGGAAUUGAUGUUAACAAAAGGGACUCAGAAAUGAGAACGGCUCUCAUGCAACUUUGCUUCCUUGAAGACGAGGCAAAAGCAGCAAAGUACGCCAAGAUAUUUGUUAAGCGCGGUGCAAAAAUCGGUUUAAAAGACAAAGAUGGACUAACUGCACUUUCACACGCCUGUAAACUCGGACAGGAACAGUUAGUUUCGAUCAUGCUUGAAGAGGGAAGCGAUUUUGAUCUUAACGCGCAAGAUAAACUGGGGAAUACAGCGCUGCACUAUGCUGCCAUGUCAGGAAACUUUGUCGUUCUCAAUCUUUUACUGAGCAAAUUAAAACGGUAUAAACUGAGCGUGGACAUUUGCAAUAAAAAAGGUGAAACACCCUUGAUAGUGGCGUCGAAAUCAGGGAAUUUCUUCUGCUCGCGAAUCCUUGUUUCAGAGGGCAAAGCAUCAAAAAGUGCCCGAGAUUACGUGGAGUUUAAAACAGCUGAUGAGUGGGGAAGGACGAAGGAAAGCCUUCGAUCUGCCUCUCGAUCACCGCUUUUUCGUGUCAUGCAACUUCCGUCGCGGACCUCAGUAGAUUCAGCUUCGGAAUCAAAGAGAAGACGAUCGCCUAAUAACCAUUCGCCAAAACAAAAUCAUUCUCAAAGGCCAAACACCGCUCCAGGAAACUUAUUGAAUCAAACUAGCGAGAAAAGCCAUCGUGAGAACCUGAGAGAACUAUUCCGUGUUUACGAAGGGCAUGUUUCGACUGCGUUCCGUCGCGGAGUCAAACCUAGGCCAAUUGUUAUCAGAGAAGCGUUGGCUAGUCCCUCCGAGACCAUGUCGCAAGAUACCGAAAUUGGCGAUGAGAUGUGCGAUCUUACGCUUUUGGCAGCUUCGCCAACUUCUUGUGCAAUAUCGCCGCGUCGUUUCAGCCUCAACAAGGCAGGAAAACUAGCUUUCACCACAAACGCCGCAUUCCGACGAGCCUCUAUAGCAACCGUGUCAACGGCAACCACAAACAAGGCACUUCAAAGACGAGGUUCACAAGCUUUCGGGGCAAGCGGCCGAAGACUGUCUCAACAAACGAUUACACCGUCGCCGAGAAUUCGAAGAGGAUCAAUGAAUGUGAUGAGCAAGAUCACAAAAGUCGUCGCGCUAAACGUAAAUAAAGACAAAGUGGACAUGAAAAACGGUACAACUUAUAACGGGGGAGUAGGAUCGAAUCCUGAGGGAGGGAUACCUAAAAUUUCUGUUGUCCCCGACAAACUUUUAGCUAAGCUACAAACUCUAGCGGAAGAAAGUGAUUCGGCAGAAGAAGAAAACGACAGUGAAGUCUUAGCACGAAGCUCACCGGCAAAUCUUUUUUGUCAAUUGUAA